AUGGCGAGCUUCUACUUGGCCGCCUCGGCGGCGUUCAUCUACUUUGCGAUCGACUUGACACUUUGGGUACUCCAGAUGGUUGUUGCUUACAACAGGGCCUCUAUGAUUACUACUGUGAUUGAAAUCCUGGAUGACAACGCACCGCUGCUGCUGUCACGAUGCCCCAGCUGGACCAUUCCCAUGGUCAACGAGCUGCGCGACACAUCCUGGGUCGGCUACUGCACCUUGGGGAUCUACUCCGCGGGGGCAGCUCUGAUCACCUUGGCGGGCUUCAGCUAUCAGCUCUCCAUUUGUGCUCCUGGUGGCUGCCCAAACACUCCCACCUUUGUGGUGCAUAUCCUGGCCGUCUUUUCUCUCUUCCUGUCUGGUAGUGCUCUUAUCUUUACCAACAUCGGCUUUGCACUGGAGUGGCAAAAUGAUGGCAAUCCCUUCUAUGGAGGAACCGAACCUCGUUCAUUUGAUGGAUAUUAUGAGAGCUCAUGCUUCGGCUAUGGUGGUUGUUCGGGCAGCUACGUCAACGUGGAGGCCGACAAAGACACCUGGUGUCCAACCGGAAUGUCGCCCCUCGCUGAUUCAGCUAUCACUCUGCAGACUUGCAGUGGCGUUGCUUUUGCCAUCACUUGGCCGAUCCUAUUGGUGGGCCUGCCUGUGUCCUGUUGCUGCGUCAAGGAUAUGACGCUUCGAUAUCUCGCUGUGACGCCUGCCCUUCUGGUCUCAAUCCUUGGCCUGGUGAUUGGUGGCAUUCAGUUCCCGAUGCUCUUGCCAUACAUCUUUGCCCAUGCACUUUGGCAGUAUGUACGGCUGCUGGUCAAUCGAAUUGCAGGAAUUGAUCAAGCAAAAGUUGACAAAGACUUCAAAGAACAGCGGAAUUCGGAUGACGUGGUGCCUGGGGUGAUUGGCGCUCCAUCUGGGGAUGGUGAUAUAGGCGUGGUGGAUGAUCAUGAAGAGACACUAGCAACAUCUAGCAACAGGGGCUACACCAACCUGCUGGAGCCGGAGAACUGGAGGCACACAGACAGCCGGGAGGACAUCACCAGUGCCGAGUUGCAACUGGCCAAGCGCUGUCAUGGCGCACACAUCGAGACCCUCUCCCAGGACAUCACCGAGGCUGCUUCCCACUACUUGCUCAUCCACUAUGAUGUGCCGUACUUUGACGUUGACAGCUUUCGCUUGAGUGUCACCGGCCUCGUGGAGAAGGAGCUCUCGGUGUCCUUGUCGGAGAUCAAGGGACGCCCUGCGAGCACGCAGGCCGUUCUCAUGGCUUGUGCUGGCACUGGUCGCAUGUCGACAAAGCACAGGUUUUGGACCCACGUGCCUUGGGGUGUAGACUCCUUCGGAUGCGCCAAAUGGACGGGCUGCAGCUUAGCCGAGCUUCUGCGGGAGGCGGGUCUCAAGGAUGGUGCCAAGCAGGUGAUCUUCACUGGUGCGGACAAAGGCGUCGAGGCAGGGAAGGUGCAGUACUACCAGCGCUCGCUGAGCGUGGAAGAUGCCCUGCGAGGACACGUCAUGUUGGUCUAUGAGAUGAAUGGGGAGCCCUUGAAGCCAGCGCACGGCUUCCCCUUGCGCCUCAUCGUCCCCGGCUGGUAUGGCAUGGCCUCGGCACCUUGGCCGGACCGAGAGGAGAAGCACGUGUCACUUCAGGUGAAAUGGCUCACCAAAAUUGAAGUGGUGGAAGGUCCUUGGUGGGGACAUCAGAUGGAGGCCUACAGCUUCCGCCGCGCGGCCAAUGACCCCGAGCGCGUGCCGCUCACGCAGCUGCCGGUGCGUGCGCUGAUGGCGCCGCCAGGUGUGCCAGACUUCUUCUCCCGGACUCGGGUCGUAGAGCCCGGGACGCAGCGCAUCACCGGGAAGGUUUGGGCUGGCGCUGUCGACAUUGAACGUGUGGAAGUGUCCUGCGAUCACGGCAAGACGUGGGCCCAAGCAACGCUGGAGGAGAAGAAUGGUGUCUUUGGAUGGGCCAACUGGUACUAUGAUUGGCAAACGCCUGGGGAAGGGAACUUCGUGCUGAUGUGCCGCGGCUUCGACAAGAAGGGCCGAAGCCAAGACUCCACCAGCGAUGAGGCAUUCAAUUGGACAGGCAUGGGUGACACCCAGCCACAGAUGGUCUACGUGAGGGUGGAUUCGAAGAUCCAAGACGUGGGAAACCAGAUCAAUCUCAUCCCGGAGACCCGUGCCGCCAAGAAGAGCCUGAAUGUGGCGACGACUGAUUCUUGGAGCGCGAACGGGACCGGGCGACUUUGCAAGUCUUUUUGGGUAGGCUCGCGGGCUGGCUGGGAUCAUGGGGAAGUAAAGAAACUAUAG